CGAAACCACAUCCACCAUCAUCACCCGGGCCCUUUGCCUUUGUAUUGCCCCGUCUAUGUAGGCCAUACAACAACGGCAACGAGUCCAAACAACUAUGCCUCAAGAUUUACCGCCUACGGGUGGCUACGAUGCCGUACAAUAUCGACGCAACAUCCCCGCCCGUGGUCUCCGUCCUAUCUGGUACUUGCUCGGUGUCGGCGCCGUGAUGACAUAUGGCUGGCGCCAGAUAUGGAUAGGCCACCGAGAGAAGAUUGAAUUGUCGAGAGAGAAGAUGUGGUCUCGCAUCCAUAUCACCCCUCUGUUGCAAGCCGAAGAGGACCGUGACCAGGUCCGUCGAUAUUAUGCCGAUUUGGCCCGCGAGCAGGAGUUGUUAGGAAGUCAGAGCAAGCCCUAUAACAGUGACAGGUUCGUUCGGCCGACAUAUGCACCUACACCUCAGCGAACCACGUCAUGACCCUAGGCGAUUCGACAUCUCAAUUCGGGCCAGGUCUCGGUGCUCUCUAAGGUUUCCUCGCAUCAACAAGAUGCGAGAGAGGAAGCCUUGGAUCUAUUACAAUGUUGUUGAGCACGUGCCAGAAUCAGGGCGAUCUCCUAGCUCUUACAACAACUGGAGAGUCUAGAGAAUUUGUGUACAUAAACCAUCACAUCUGGACAAGGGAAAUGAAAAAAAAGACUUGAAACCACAUGUGCCACAAGUCAGGGCAUACAUAUGACAACUCUGAGACCCAAUUUACUUUUUAUGACAAAGGCAGC